UGUACAGUCCGUGUGGUGUGCCGCUGACUGUACUAAAGGUCUACUGUAGCUCACACAUCUCACUACUCGGGUUUCAUAGCAGUGUGUGGACAUGGCAAAGAAUUGGGGAAAAUCUAAAAGGCACAACUCAUACCGCCUUGAGCAAAGGACCUCUGAUCAAAUCCUCGGCAUGGAUUUAUAUUUUCUGCCAACAAGUGGAAUAAAGAGUAAGAUCUCAGCUCCAAUCAGGUUGUCCAAUUCUCCAGUUGUUGGGACGUUAGAGAAAGGUAUUUAACUGCAAGAGAGGAGGAUAUUGGCGCCUUAACUAAUCGGUUAGUUUCUGAAGACGGAUAUAAAGGUUGUCUGAGUGUACCGCUUUCAAGCCUGGGACAUUAUCGACCUUUUUGGCAAACAAAAAGUACAGACCUUAUAAUUUCGACAAAUAAAACAAACUUAGGUUAAUGCUUCCAUCGCGGUGGGGAUCACAUGUGUACGUUUCAUCAACUAAGAGAAGGGCUAUUUGUGCACAUGCUGCAAUCAGUUAAUAAAAAUACACACGUGUACAUACCUAAAAUAUGUAGAAAUUAGAAAUAUAUAUUUUGUAUUUGUUAGUAUCAACCUACGCCGUUGUCUCCUUUUUUCUCGCAUGUUUUCUCUCGGAGUUCCUCCCCCUGCGGCGCUGGGCGGAGUUUCAUACCGAACCAGACGCUCCUUUUGUCGGAUUCGUUUCGACUUGACUCCCCGGGGUUUACGGCUUUAAAAAACGAUACUUAAAUAUAUUAAAUACACAUAACACGAAUACUUUAAUGACCGUGAAGACGAUUUGACACAAACUGUUGGAGAAAAGGUUUCAGGUGCUCUAGCGGCAUACUGGCGUUUCACGUUGGAGCCAAAUAAGCGCUGUCACUAUGAAUGGCAGCAGUGGUGUGGCCAGCACCCAAACUGGGCGCAUCAAAAUGGAAACUGAUGGGCAUGUAUGGAGUAAGGAGGACUGUCUGACAUUGCUGGAGAGGAUCAGGAGCUCGUUGCCAGAUGGUGACACAAUGAAAUACAAGACCACUGAGUCUCAUUUUGACUGGGAGAAAGUUGGCUUUGGAAACUUCACUGGGGACAUGUGUAAGCAAAAGUGGCAGAAAGUUUCUACCGAGGUGCGGAAAUACAGAACAAUGACAGAACUUAUCGUUGAUGCAAUAGAAUAUGUGAAAAACCCUUACAAAGGAAAGAAACUGAAGACACAUCCAGACUUUCCAAAGAAGCCCCUCACACCCUACUUUCGCUUUUUCAUGGAGAAGAGAGCCAAGUAUGCAAAAAUCCACCCAGAAAUGAGCAACCUAGAUCUCACCAAGAUUCUCUCCAAAAAAUACAAGGAACUGCCUGAAAAGAAAAAGCUCAAAUACAUUCAGGAAUUUCAGAGGGAGAAGGAAUCCUUUGAGAAGAACAUGGCUCGGUUCAAAGAGGACCAUCCUGAGUUGAUAGAGGAGCGUAAAAAGUCAGACCUCCCAGAGAAACCCAAAACCCCUCAGCAGCUUUGGUACAACCACGAGAAGAAAACCUUCAUGAAGAUUCACCCAGAUGUGAGUCAAAAAGAACUGAAGGAAGCUUUGCGCAGACAGUGGUCUCAGCUUUCGGACAAGAAGCGGUUAAAAUGGAUCAGCAAAGCGCUGGAGCUGCAGAAGCUCUAUGAGGACAGCAUGAGGGCGUACCACGAAGCGCACCCGGACGUGAACUCGGAAGAGCACGUCAAGUCUGUCCUGACCAAGGCUGAACGGCAGCUGAAGGACAAGUUUGAUGGCCGGCCCACCAAGCCGCCACCGAACGGGUAUUCCCUCUACUGUGCCGAGCUCAUGGUGAACAUGAAGGAUGUGCCGAGUACGGAGAGGAUGGUCCUGUGCAGCAAGCAAUGGAAGAUAAUGACCCAGAAAGAGAAGGACAUGUUCCAGAAACACUGCGAGCAGAAAAAGAAGCAGUAUGAGAUUGAUCUCCAAAGGUUUCUUGAGACCCUGCCAGAGGAGGAGAGGGACCGAGUGCUGACGGAGGAGAAACUGGGGAGCACCAAGCUCACCAUGGCUGGCACGGGCAGCCCCCUCCGGGCCCCUCUGAGCAAGGAUCGGUGCCGUGACCAGGAGCUGGACCAGUGGGUGCACGGGCCAGCCAAAGACAAACGUGAUGGCAAGAAGAAGACAAGGCUCCCCGACACCCCCAAGACCGCUGAAGAGAUGUGGCAGCAGAGUGUGAUCGGAGACUACCUGGCUAAGUACAGGAGCGAUCGGAAGAAAGCACAGAAUGCCAUGGAAGCAACAUGGAAAGCCAUGGAAAAGAAAGAGAAGAUUCCCUGGAUCAAGAAGGCGGCAGAGGACCAGAAGCGAUACGAGGUUCAGUACCGGACCGUGAGAGAGCUGCUGGAGAUGAGGACACCACCAUCCGCGCAGGGACAGAGGAAACCCAAGUUCGACGGAGAGCCCAAAAAGCCUCCUGUCAGUGGCUAUCAGAUGUUCUCGCAGGAGCUGCUGACGAGUGGAGAGCUGAACCACUUUAGUCUGAAGGAGCGCAUGGUGGAGAUCGGCAAGCGCUGGCACAAGCUCACCCAGAGCCAGAAGGACAAGUACAAGAAGCAGGUGGAGGAGCAGCAGCUGGAGUACAAGGCCGAGCUUGAUGCCUGGGUCAAGUCUCUUUCUCCUCAGGAACGGGCCGUUUAUAAAGAAUUUUCUACUACGAAACGCCGGAGUACGACCAAAGCUCGGGGUCCAGGGACAAAAGUUCGCAUUACCAAGGGGAAGGGGGUAGGUGCCAGAGCCUCGGCACUGGGGGCCGGGGGGGGCAAACGUUCCAUGGCAUACCGCGCCAAGCAGGACACGUCAGAUUCAGAUGAAGAUGACGAUAAGACAGACUCUUCAGACUCUGAAGAUGAAGAAGAGUCCUCUGGUAGCACAGAUACUGAUGACGAUGAUGAUGAGGACGAUGAUGAGAACGAUGACGAUGAAGAGGAGGAAGACGAUGAAGAUGAUGACCAGUCAGAAGGCUCAAGCAGCUCAUCGUCAGAAGACAGCAGUGACUCAGAUUCGGACUAAGGAGUCCCGCCCCCUCAAAGAGGGGACCGUGCAGGACACGCCCCCUAGCAACAUCCCUCCCUGAAAAUGUGGGAGGGAGAUGGUAGCUGUGAGAACACAGCAUGCGGUAAAGCAUCUCACUCUCUCUUUCCCCCUCACACUCUCUCUCACUCUCUCUCCCCCACUCUCUCUCUCUCCCCCUCACACUCUC